AAAGCAUUUAAUUUGGUCAACAUGUAUGGUCUCAAUGUGUGGGUAUGAGAUCAUGUAAUGGUAAUUGUGUCAAAAUCACACACCUUUUUUGCAUUUCAAAAUUGGUAAAGGUGUAACUCAUACAAAAAAUAAAUCUUUAAAUACCAAUUCCAAAGAUUUUGAAAGAAUUAGACUCAAAGCUUGAUUAAAAAAAAAAUGUAAAAUAAUCUUAAAAAUAAAAAUAGCAUUUGUAUCGCAAAAGUAAUUCAAAUUCGAAUAUCCAACCCGAGAAUUAGUUUAAAAACUAUAUAUUAAAAACCCAAACAAUGAAUUUGGUUCAUAUUCUAACCCAAUUCAAAAACUAAAAAAGCGAAUUCGAAUUCGUCAUUAAAAUUCGGUUCAAUUUGAUUUUAGGUUCUUUUUCUUUUGAAAUAUCUAAAGUCUAAAAUGGGUUAAGAAAGAAAGCAAUGAAAAAGUGGAGUACCAUAUUGAUGCAAAUGGGAGAGUUAGAGCAUGAAAGUGGGUCCCUCCCACCUUUGACCAGACCCCACUACAUUCAACAACUAUGGUUAAACCCAAGUUAAAUGGUUAACCACACGUGUGUAGAACAAAGUACCAAUGGUCAGAUAAAAGGACCUCUCUUCAUCUCCAACACAAAACUCUCACCCUCUGUUGGGCUUGUCCCUCUGUCAAAUCCUCAUAUAAUUUGUUAGCCUCUUUCUUAUUUAUAUAUUUUCUAAACAAACAUGCCGGGAAGCUUAGAGCCGUUGGAUGUGAAUGUACAGAUCCCGUACCAUUUCAGGUGCCCGAUUUCUUUAGAACUUAUGAGAGAUCCGGUUAUUGUGACCACCGGUCAGACCUACGACCGGUCUAGCAUCGAGUCAUGGGUGGCAACGGGCAACACAACGUGUCCAGUCACUCGUCUUCCUCUAACCGACUUCACUCUAAUCCCUAACCACACACUACGCCGGCUCAUCCAGGAGUGGUGUGUGGCGAACCGGUCAUACGGUGUGGAGCGUAUUCCGACGCCGAAACAACCGGCCGAUCCGGUCACCGUCCGGUCGUUACUCAACCAGGCGGUUUCUCAAUCUAACAGUAAACAUGUCAGGCUGUCUGCUCUCCGGCGGUUACGUGCUCUCGCACGUGACUCGGAGAAAAACCGUUCGGUGAUUUCAGCGUAUAACGCACGUGAGAUUCUGAUCGGAAUAUUAUUCGAAACGAGUUUGAGUUUGAACUCACCGGAGUUGAAUCUGGAAGCGUUAGCGGUUUUAUCUUCGUUUCCGUUAACGGAAUCGGAGUGUGUGUUGAUAUCGUCAGAUCUGGUUCGAAUUUCGUAUCUAAUUUCGCUUCUAUCGCAUUCGUCGAUUGACGUUAGGGUUAAUUCAGCGUCGUUGCUUGAAAAUGUCAUCGUCGGAACCAGAUCGCCGGAGAAACGAGCGGAAAUCAGUAAUCAGAAUGAAGUUUUCGAAAAAGUGAUCGGAAUUUUGAAUUAUCCGGUGACGUGUUCGAGAGCGAUGAAAGUUGGAAUCAAAGCGUUGUUCGCGUUAUGUUUAGUCAAGCAACACCGUCAUAAGGCGGUGGAAGCCGGGGCGGUGGAGGCGGUUAUUGACAGACUAUCGGAUUUUGAAAAAUGCGACGCCGAACGUGCGCUGGCGACGGUGGAGCUUUUGUGCCGGAUUCCGGAAGGAUGUGCGGCGUUUGCGGCUCACGCGCUUACGGUGCCGUUGUUAGUGAAGAUUAUUUUGAAGGUUUCUGAUAGAGCGACGGAGUAUGCAACCGGAGCGCUGCUGUCGCUGUGCUCGGCGUCGGAGCGGUUGCAGAAUGAGGCCGUGGCGGUGGGUGUUUUGACGCAGUUGUUGUUGGUUGUACAGAGCGAUUGUACGGCGCGUGCGAAACGGAAAGCGCAAAUGCUGUUGAAAUUGUUACGUGAUUCGUGGCCGGAAAAGUCGGUUCGGAAUUCGGAUGAUUUAGCGUGCAGCGACGUCGUUCCGUUUUGAUUCUUUUCUUUUGUGGAUGAUUUUGGUCCACUUUUUUCAAUAUUGGAAAGAAAAAUAGUUUUUAGAAAAAGGAAAACUAAAAGAAUAUUAUUGAGGUUCUAGAAGGGUGGUGGGGGUAUAUAAAAGAGGGAGGAAGAACUGUUAUCUGGGGUCUGUAACUCUGUAUGUAACAAAUUUUCGGUGGUGCGGAUGCUUUUUUGUUAAUGGAAAACUUGAAGCUUAGUUUUGCAAUUUACUUUCA